CGCCAUACUUCACAACAUAAACACAUACAUUUCUCCAUCAUUAAAUUCCAGUUUUGCCCCUUACCUGCAUUAACUGUCAUGGACCUACUCUUACUGGAAAAGAUCCUCACGGCACUCUUCUUCGCCGCCGUAUUAGCCAUUGCCGCCGCAAAACUCCGCGGGAAACGGUUCAAGCUCCCGCCGGGACCUCUCCCGGUGCCGAUUUUCGGAAACUGGCUCCAAGUCGGCGACGACCUCAACCACCGGAACCUCACCGACCUCGCCAAGAAAUUCGGCGACGUCUUCCUCCUCCGUAUGGGGCAGCGCAACCUCGUGGUGGUUUCCUCGCCAGAACUCGCCAAACAAGUGCUCCACACGCAGGGCGUGGAGUUCGGUUCCCGAACGCGCAACGUCGUCUUCGACAUCUUCACCGGGGAAGGCCAAGACAUGGUGUUCACCGUCUACGGAGAACACUGGCGCAAGAUGCGCCGCAUCAUGACGGUUCCGUUCUUCACCAACAAGGUGGUGCAACAGUACCGAUUCGGAUGGGAGGACGAAGCGGCGCGCGUCGUCGACGACGUUCGCCGGAAUCCAGAUUCAGCCACCGGCGGUAUCGUGCUCCGGCGAAGGCUGCAAUUGAUGAUGUAUAACAACAUGUAUAGGAUCAUGUUCGAUAGAAGGUUCGAGAAUGAGGAGGAUCCGUUAUUUCAGAAGCUAAGAGUUUUGAACGGUGAAAGAAGCCGUUUGGCACAAAGCUUUGAAUAUAACUAUGGCGAUUUUAUCCCUAUUUUGAGACCCUUCUUACGUGGCUACUUGAAAAUUUGCAAGGAAGUUAAGGAGCGAAGGUUGCAACUCUUCAAGGACUAUUUUCUUGAGGAACGAAAGAACCUCGAAAGUACAAAGAGAACGGACAACCAAGGACUCAAGUGUGCCAUUGAUCACAUUUUGGAUGCCCAGAAAAAGGGCGAGAUUAACGAGGAUAAUGUUCUUUACAUUGUUGAGAACAUUAACGUUGCUGCAAUUGAGACAACUCUAUGGUCAAUUGAAUGGGGCAUUGCGGAGCUUGUGAACCACCCAGAGAUUCAGAAGAAAGUGCGUGAGGAGAUUGACAGAGUACUAGGACCAGGACACCAGGUGACAGAGCCAGAUACCCACAAGCUUCCUUAUCUUCAGGCUGUGAUAAAAGAGACACUUCGCCUUAGAAUGGCAAUUCCACUUCUUGUUCCACACAUGAAUCUUCACGAUGCAAAGCUUGGUGGUUAUGACAUUCCUGCUGAAAGCAAGAUCUUGGUCAAUGCAUGGUGGCUUGCCAACAACCCUGCUCAUUGGAAAAACCCUGAGCAGUUUAGGCCUGAGAGGUUCUUGGAGGAAGAAUCAAAGGUGGAAGCCAAUGGAAAUGACUUUAGGUACCUUCCCUUUGGUGUUGGGAGAAGGAGCUGCCCUGGAAUCAUUCUUGCAUUGCCCAUACUUGGCAUUACUUUGGGACGUUUGGUCCAAAAUUUUGAGCUCUCGCCUCCCCCAGGACAGUCCAAGCUUGAUACCACUGAGAAAGGUGGUCAAUUUAGUUUGCAUAUACUGAAACAUUCUACAAUUAUUGCAAAGCCAAGAUCAUUUUAGUCUUUGUGAAUGAAUCCCCUUAUUCUUUUUUAGUGUAUUAUUGUAUUUUAUCAAUGCUGAACUGUUUGAAAAUGGGGGUGUUGAAGUGUUGGCUUGGUCUGCAUACAUGGCUGCACCAUUGUUUGUACAAGUCUCAACUUGAAAUGAUGGCUUUGAGAGAAUAAAAUCUACACUGUGCUCCCCAGCCUUUUCUUUUUACUUUGUUAUGGUACUGUAUAGAAUUUUGAUUCAUUUG